UUAGCUACUUUUUUUUACAAUUGUUUAAUGCCAGUGCACAACUCUAAACUACAAUAUUAUUGAUAUCAUAUUAAAUAUUUGACUAUUUACUACUACUUAUUUGUGUUUUGUGUUUGACGUGACUCUAGUUUUUUUACAGUUUUCAUAAUGACUAAAACCAAAAAAAGUAAAAAAAUUCUUAACAAACAAUUUGCUGUUAUGAAGAAGACAAUCAAACCAACAGACACGAGAAUAAAAGAAGAAAAACGAACUAUUAUAAAGAAAAAAUUAAAUGAAAAUAAAACCGUCACCGUUCGUCAAGUAGCUCAAACAAGUUCAGCCUUGUUUUUCCAGUUUAACACACAGUUAGGACCUCCAUAUCACAUCUUAGUAGAUACAAAUUUUAUCAGUUUUUCUAUAAAAUAUAAAAUGGAUGUGGUUCAAAACAUGAUGGAUUGUCUAUAUGCUAAAUGUAUACCAUAUGUAACAGAUUGUAUUGUUGGUGAGUUGGAAAAGUUAGGACAAAAGUAUAAAAUAGCAUUAAAAAUUGUUAAAGACCCACGAUUCCAAAGAAUACAAUGUAUGCAUCCAGGCACAUAUGCUGAUGAUUGUUUAGUCCAACGAGUAACCCAGCAUAAAUGUUAUAUAGUAGCUACAUGUGAUAGGGAUUUAAAGAGGCGUAUUAGAAAAAUUCCUGGUGUGCCGAUUAUGUACAUUGCCCAAAGAAGAUAUACCAUUGAAAGAAUGCCUGAUGCUUAUGGCGCUCCUAAAAAAUAAUAUGUAAUAAAACAUUUAUCAAUCAUUUAAUAAAUAUUUAUAAUAUUUUAAU